AACCAAGAGGUAUUUCUGAAAUUAAUGCUGCAGGGAAAUAAUGGUCUGCAAGUAGUUCUAUUGUGCAGCUAAUUGAUUGCAAUGCAAACAAUCUGUAAAAUAAAUCUUAUUCAUGUGAUAGUUCAAUCUAUACAUUAAAAAAAUAUAUCCACUAGCAAAGUAUUACUUUUUUUUUAGUGUAGAAAUCAUAUUGCACAAAGCUGUGGGAUAUCCUGAAUUUUUUGAAUUAUUGAUUUGGGUUUUGCAAAUGAGGGGUAUGCUGGAAAUUUAGAAGAGUAGUUACUGCUUUAUAUAUAGCAGGAGAAACUGUUUAUAUGAAAACAUAUUAUGUUGUAUUUGAAGGAGCCUUUCCAGCUUUCCAUUUCCAUUGAAUACAAAAAUUUUGUAUAGCAAUAAAGUAGCAGACUGAUUCUAUUGUAGCCAGAGAAUCUGGUUCCUUUCUUACUUGGCAAACAAACUAAAAAAAAAUUUAAAUCUUACAGAAAGCUGGAGGCUCCCUAACAGUCCUGGUUUCACAUUAACACUUCUUUGCAGAUGAGGAGUGGGUUUGCAAAUGGAGCAUAAUUUCUGUUUGCUUUUAGUUUGGAGCUGAACUGUCAUGAUGGAUUUUUUUUCCCCAGACUUUGUUUGUUUCAUAACAUAAACAUAAAAGUUGAGUUUAAACAUAAACAUUGAGCUGAUACUGACAUUGGAAAUUUUGUCAGUAAUUCUGGUUUGUUUUUAUAUGUGUGCUUAAGCAUGUAACAUUAAGGAAUGUGAGAAAAGUGUUGAUUUAAGAAAUCAGUUCUGUUCUACCUCUACUGGUUAGAGAAAGAAACUAUCUGUUAACAUUAUCAAACUAAUUAGUGCCACACUGGACAAUGCAAUAUGAUUAUUGUUUCCUUAUCUCUGCUCUUUUGUGCUUUGUAGCCAAGUUAUGAUAAUUGUUAUUCUGGCCAGUAUUGUGACAGUUUGGAAAGCUGUACAAAUUUCCCUCAAGAUGGUAUGAAUGUAUUUCCUGAAGUGUAACACUCUUGUAGGUAACAGUGCUCCAUCUUGUGGGGAAAAUAGUGGUGGCUCAGAAGGGAUUUUUUUUUCAGUAGUUUAAACUGUAAAUAAGUAACAGCAGAAGAGAUUAAUUGAUUGAUGUUGAGUGUAUAGAAUAAUUUCGUGGUUUGUAUGCUGGGGUUUUGAUAUUUUUUUUUUAUUUAUUACUCAUCUUAAUCUUCAAUUUCAGCUGUUGUGCCUUCAGGAGAAAAGUAGCAAUGAUGCCUAGGAGAGCUGGACAUGCUUGUUUAGGCUGCUCUUUAUCUGAAGUUGCAUUUCUUCACUCUGCAAAGUUUAAAUUGUGAUGAUGAGAUUUCAGUUCAUCAUACCCAGAAGAUGGAAUGGCAAGCACAGACCUGUGUGCAUUCAUUUAGCAGGCACUGGAGACCAUCACUUCUGGAGGAGACGCACAUUAAUGGCACGGCCAAUGAUUAAAGAAGCCUGUAUGGCUUCCCUGCUGCUAGAAAAUCCUUACUAUGGCUGUAGAAAACCCAAGGAUCAAUUACGGUCAUGUUUAAAAAAUGUCUCGGACCUGUUUGUGAUGGGAGGAGCUCUAAUUCUAGAAUCGGCAGCUCUUUUGCACUGGCUAGAGAGAGAAGGCUAUGGACCCCUAGGGAUGACUGGAAUAUCCAUGGGAGGACAUAUGGCUUCACUGGCAGUGACAAACUGGCCUAAACCAUUGCCAUUGAUUCCAUGUCUUUCCUGGUCAACAGCCUCUGCAGUCUUCACUACGGGUGUGCUGAGUAAGGCAGUGAACUGGAGAGAGCUGGAGAAACAGUAUUUCACACAAGCUGUGUAUGAAGAAGAAAUCAUUCAAAUGCUUGAAUAUUGUGGAACGGAUUCUUUCAAGAUGGGACAAGACUUUGUGAAGAACUUCCCUGACAGUGUGGACAGUCUGGCAGACAUGGACAUGACUUCCAGAAUAUUCAGCUUUGAGUCUUUGAAUGACACAGUAUCUAAGGAAUCUGUUCCCAGCUUUGCCACAAAUAGAAGUGCUCUAAGUGCCUCCUCAGAAGGACUCUUAAUGCAGGAUGCUCCUAAAAUGCAGUGCAUAAAUCAAACCUUUUCCACCAGUAGCAGUAGCAAUAAAAACUUAACCAGCCCACAAGGACACAGGAUAAAUACAAGGAGGAGGAGUGACACUUUACAGAGAGAAUCCUUAAUGUUCAUGAAGGGAGUAAUGGAUGAAUGUACCCACGUAGCUAACUUCCCAGUUCCAGUUGACCCAAGUUUAAUCAUAGUGGUACAAGCCAAGGAGGAUGCGUACAUUCCUCGCACCGGCGUGCGCAGCCUCCAGGAGAUCUGGCCAGGCUGUGAAAUCAGGUAUCUGGAUGGAGGUCAUGUCAGUGCCUACCUCUUUAAACAAGGACUCUUCAGACAAGCGAUUUAUGAUGCAUUUGACCGCUUCCUCCAGAAAUACACCAUGUGAUCUUUCUAAUGCAUUCAGACUGAUCUCAUUUGUAAUUCAGCUUACUGGAACUCAUGUUUGGAAAACAAGCCUCUUGUAGUGUUGAGCAGAUGGUCACUCACUGUUGUAGGUAACAAUUACCAGAAGUGGUAAAGUACCAGCAUUGCUUUCAUUUCAACCCAGUGCCAUUCUGACGCAGCUGCUUCAGCGUUACCUGUGAAAAAACAACAGCAGCUCCUGUCAGUGCAUGAAUGGUUCAUGUACUCCAUGUCUAAUCAGAUGGUGUGUUCCUUCAAUUCUGAGUAAAUUCUGAAUCGUGUGCCAGUAGAAAACAGACCAAUCAAGUAUUGGAAGAAUGUAAAAUGUGCUGUGGGGCUAAGCUGCUCCCUUGUGUUUGGUGUAGUUUUGGUUUGUUCCAGAUACCUCGGUUAUCUCUCGCUUCCUCAUGGCCUUGCUGUUCCUAUUGUGUUGUACCGUGGCUUUGCCAGCACUCAGCCUCUUGUGUUUGUCACUGCUUUUCUCUUCAAUUAUGAAUUGAAAAUGAGCCUCAGCAGAAGGCUCAGCACCACAUCUUGGAAAGAGAGACUUUGACAAUCCAAGGAAAAGUGAGAGAGAGAUGGUUUCAUUCAAUACGUCUGUGAAGUUUUCCUGCCACUGAAUCAAACCGUGCCAUUACAGAAGGAUCAUGUAGCAAUUCAUCAACCAGCUUCACAAAACUGGAAUAAGUGAAAAUCAAGUGUCUGGUAAUUAAUUGUUUACAUUAAUUCAGUUGGAUAACAUAAGCUUUCAGGUUUAUUUUCUUUUUUUUUUGAUUGAUAGAUGAAAUAGAAAUAUUGUUUUACUUUCUAAGCACUGGCUGAUUCUAAGCGGUUAAAUUGACAGCAGAUUAUAUGGUGCUAUAAAGACCUGUUGGAAAUAUUUCAACAGAUGUCCUUUCUAAAGUGCACUCAGUGCUGAUAUGCAAAACACACUUGCACUGUAUAAUUUAAAAGAAACGUGAGACUAAAGGUUAUUGAAACAGGUUUGCUCCUUAUUUUUCAACACUUGUCUAAUUUAAUUGGAUGGAAAAUAAAGAAAUUUGGAUUUUGAACACAUUUAAGAAAAUCCAAAGUCUGUUGUUUCCUCUUUUGGGAUCAAAAAUGCCAACAAAUUACAGCAGAAUAAAAGGUUGUCAUGUACCAACUGUGUGGGUAUCUCUCCACAUCUUUUUUUUUUUUUUGUGGUAAUCUCCUAUAACAUUCUUUAAAAACCAAUCUGCAGAGAAGUUGAAAACUGAAACACUUCAGUAUUUAGUACAGUUACAACCAGGAUUAUUCUGAAACAAACAGAAAAAUCCAGCCAUUUUUCAGGAUGUGUGACUUCUGCACCUUUCCAAUCAAGCACUUUUCAUCUCCAUGGUUACUGUAAAGGUUUUUAGUAGGCAGAGUAUGGAGCAAACAAAGCUCAGUUUAUAUAUUCUUUUGGAUUUUAGUCAGGUAGACAGGACUAGUAACUGUGAAGAAAUCAUUGUUCAUUUGAAAAUCAGGUGUGCUCAGAUAAAACUGGAGAGAAACAAUUCUAAAUAACCCAAAUGAUGUAACAAAAAAAUUUACUGAAAAUGUAGAAGAGAUUCUAGUCUGCUGGAAGUUAAAUUGCUUUUUCAAAUGGUUCUUCAUUAUUUCUUUGGAGAGUGUUGAUUUUAUAUGUGGGGAACAAGUGUGAAGUGACGAGCACAUUUAAACACCAAAUAUUUGAAAUUUUGGGUUUGAAAUUAAAUAUUAGUAAGCUUACAAAUUUAAAAUUGAAGUCUUGACUAGUGUACUAAAAGAUUCACAGGGUUUACAAGCAUAUUCAUCAACUGAGAGUGCUUUACCAGAGCUCUGUCUGCUGUUCAGCAGCUUUUGGAGCUCUGACAUUUUAAAUGUAAUUGUGUGCUUUGUGUCCUGCUUCUGUUGCAGCUAUGAGAAAGGGAGAUAACUGAUGGCAAGGGAAAAGGCUUGAAUAAAUGCAAGAGAGAAAAGACAGAUUUUGUAAAGGCCAGGAGUAAGCACAAAAAAAAAUCAACUCUGCUACAAAGUAUAACAUGCCAAAGUCAAUAUUUUCAAAGCGCACAAUACUGGGAAUUACACAACUGAUGGGAACUCUGCAUCCUGAGGUUAGUGUCCCAGUGGUAUUACUAACAAGGUUUAACCUACCAAAAGUGCACAGGAGGAGGUUUAGGCUAAUGCCACUCCUGCUGUGAGAGUGUCUUUUGGGACAAAUGCUACUCCUGGUUCUGAGAGUGUCUUUGGGGACACACAGUGAAAGAUUGGUUUCUGACAAGAAUAAGGAAUUGCACUUUGCCCUCUAACUGAAGUCGUGUUGCCAAAUAUGAAAGCCCAGUAAGCAUUAUUUAAGAAAUUUCUCAGGUUAGAAUAAAAAAAAAAAAAAAAAAAAAAGGAAAAAUGAGCUCAGUGGUUUAUUUCUGCCACUUAUCAGACAUAGGAAGAUGGUCUGGGAAAGGGGGAAUCUUGCUGUGUACGUGUUUUUAACCCUUGGAAAAUUGACUUUUUAAAUCAUAUUUUAAGGUUAAAUCCUAAGAAAGUAUAAAUAAUCCAUUUUGAUGUUAAAUGAGAACAUGAUUUUAAUCCAAGAGUUGCAUGAGAGAAAUAUUGUAAUAAGGUUUCUUUUGUGUAGCAGGCAAACCAUUCUGUAUGUCUUAAAUUUAUUGUAAAACUGGCCUUGGUAAUUUUUUUGGUUUUAAAUUUUUUCAAUAAAAGUCCUAAAACCA